AUGGCACUGUCGACACCAUCCUGGGGUUCACAAAGCAGCCAGUUCCAGCUGAUGAAGGCUCUACUCAAGCAUGAAUCUUUGGCCCCUAUUGUUUUGGGGCCGCUGAAAAUGGAAGAUGUGGCCCUGACUCUUUCCCCUGAAUGGACACAGCUGGAUUCAGCUCAGGUGAACUUCUACAGAGCUGAAAAGCAAGAGAACUGUGGCAGCCUGACCUCCUUGGGUGGUGAGAUAUGGACUAAGAUCAGGGACCUGCCUCCAGAUGAGGACCAUCCAGAACAGGAGGCUGGGCAGAUGCCAUGCCACCUGAGUGAAGACACUGCCCAGAUUUCUACAUGUGCAGAAGCUGGUGCACAGGAGGGCAGGUUACAAAGAAAGCAGGAAAAUGCCUCUGGGAGGAGGCGGCACUAUUGCCAUGAAUGUGGGAAGACCUUUGCUCAGAGUUCAGGCCUGACUAAGCACAGGAGAAUCCACACUGGGGAGAAACCCUAUGAAUGUGAGGAGUGUGGCAAGACCUUCAUCGGGAGCUCUGCCCUCGUCAUUCAUCAGAGAGUCCACACUGGGGAGAAACCAUAUGAGUGUGAGGAAUGUGGCAAAGUCUUCAGUCACAGUUCAAACCUUAUCAAACACCAGAGAACUCACACCGGGGAGAAGCCCUACGAGUGUGAUGACUGCGGGAAAACCUUUAGCCAGAGCUGCAGCCUCCUUGAACAUCGCAAGAUCCACACUGGGGAGAAGCCAUACCAGUGCAAUGUGUGCGGCAAAGCCUUUAGGCGCAAUUCGCAUCUCCUGAGACAUCAGAGGAUCCACGGCGAUAAAAACGUUCAGAAUCCUGACCGUGGAGAGACCUGGGAGAGUCAGGGGAGGAUGGGAAGCCAGUGGGAAAAUGUUGAGGCUCCCGUGUCUUAUAAAUGUAAUGAGUGUGAGAGAAGUUUCACUAGGAAUAGAAGCCUUAUUGAGCACCAAAAAAUCCACACUGGUGAGAAACCCUAUCAGUGUGAUACAUGCGGAAAAGGCUUCACCCGAACUUCAUACCUUAUUCAACAUCAGAGAAGCCACGCUGGGAAAAAAAUUCUGUCUCCAUGACCCAUGUCUUAUAUGCCAGAGUUGGUGCUCACUCCUCGUUGAACUGAAGCCACCCUGGAGCCCUUGCUGGCUAGAAAAUUGUGAGCUGGGCUUUAUUUACUCCCACACAUCAUCAGGUGUUUGUUAGAAAAUAGAGACU